AUGGCGCUGGCAGCCGCAGCCGCUGCCGCCGCAGCCGCCGCAGGGGUGAGCCAGGCGGCGGUGCUGGGCUUCCUUUUGGAGCGCGGCGGGCAGGUGCGCAACUCCGAGCUGCUGAGUCGCUUCAAGCCGCUGCUGGACGCUGGGGACCCACGCGGCCGCGCAGCCCGCAGGGACCGCUUCAAGAAGUUCGUCAACAACGUGGCGGUGGUGAAGGAGCUGGAUGGGGUCAAGUUCGUGGUGCUGAGAAAGAAGCCGCGACCGCCAGAGGGACCAGAGCCCCCGCACCCCUCCAGCCCUGGGGUGCCAGCCACUCAGGCCGAGAGCACUGCCGUCCCAGCGGAGGACACCUGCGUCCCCGGAGCUUCCCCUUCCCCACAGCCGUCCGAGGAACCGCAGGAGGACUUGUCCGCACCAUCGGAUCUACAGCCUGCCUCGGGACCCCCAUCUGCUGGGGUCACCCAGCUUGGGGUCCCAUCAAGCUCAGCGCCACAGCCUGGGGUACCCGAGGUUCCGGAGCUGCCCUGGCCCUCGGAGGGAGCCUCAGAGGUAGCCGCACCGGCCAGUGUGCCGUCGGAGGCAGCCUCGCCGAGCACAGAGUCGCCAGACCCGAAGCCUGCACUUCCCAAGGCUCAAAUGCCACCGCAGAAGCCCUGCAUGCUGCCGGUGCGCUGCGUGGUCCCCGGCCCCGCGGCGCUGCGGAUCCGCGCGGAGGAGCAAGGCCUGCGCAGGCAGCGUUCAGAGGAACCAAGCCCGCGGGCCUCCCCGAUGCUGCUGCGGCGGCUCUCGGUAGAGGAGUCGGGUCUGGGCCUCCACCUGGGACCCGGCCGCUCCCCCCAUCUUAGGCGCCUGUCGCGCGCGGGCCCGCGCCUGCUGAGCCCCGAUACAGAGGAGGUGCCUGCCGCGCCGCCGCCACCGCCCGCGGUGCCCCUGGAGCCCACGGAGCACGAGUGGCUGGUGCGCACGGCCAGCGGCCAUUGGAGCCACCAGCUGCACGGGCUGCUCUUGCGGGACCGCGGCCUGGCUGCCAAGCGUGACUUCAUGUCAGGCUUCACCGCCCUACACUGGGCAGCCAAGAGUGGCGAUCGGGAGAUGGCUCUACAGCUGGUGGAGGUGGCCCGGCGUGGGGGCGCGCCCGUGGACGUGAACGCGCGUUCGCACGGUGGCUACACGCCGCUGCACCUGGCGGCCCUGCACGGCCACGAGGAUGCAGCUGUGCUGUUAGUGGUGCGCCUGGGCGCCAAAGUGCACGUCCGCGACCACAGCGGCCGUCGUGCCUACCAGUACCUGCGGCCUGGCUCCUCCUACGCGCUGCGCCGUUUACUUGGUGACCCUGGCCUGCAAGCUAUGACGGAGCCUGAUGGGGCCAGUGGUGGCAGUGGGAGCCUUGUGUCGAGGCACCCCGUGCAGGUGGCUGCCACCAUCCUCGGCUCCACCACUAGUGCGUUUCUAGGCGUCCUGGCUGACGACUUGAUGCUCCAGGACCUGGCUCGUGGCUUGAAGAAGUCAAGCUCCUUCAGCAAGUUCUUGGGUGCCUCCCCCAUAGCUCCCCGCAAAAAGACCAAGAUCCGUGGUGGCCUGCCAUCCUUUACCGAAAUCUCUCGUCGACACACCCCGGGGCCUUUAGCGGGUUUAAUGCCCAGUCUGCCCCCUCCAACCUGAAUGGCCAUGAAGCCACCAAUGCCCUGGUUGACCAACCAAGGCCUGUGCCAUACCAUCUAAGCCUGUCCAAGACAGGACCAACACCUGCAGCCUGUCCCACUUCCCACCUUGUCCAUCGCAGCCUAUUCUACCCAGAUGGGCCUCCACCUUCUGUCUGAACUUUGAUGUGCCUAUAGAGAUGGGAUUUUUGUUCCCUGGGAGAUGUCCCUGUGAAGAAACUUCACAGGUCUAAACUUGGGAGGAGACUUGAAGUUUAGGGCCAAAGGUUAAGGGGCAGCAGCUGGUCUGGCCCCUGGAGGUGUUAACCAGAGGCCUCUGCAUGGACAGAUUCCCAAAUCAGAAGUAGAGUCAGGCUCUCUAGAUAUUCAAAGAUGGCGACUUUAAGAUCUGUAGUGUCUUUGUAAUUGGAUGCUUUUAUUCUGAUUUUAAAUUAAAAUGAGGUACAGAAACUUUGA